UGCCGCUAAGUACAACUAGUUCACAGCUUUCUCAAUUCCUUCUGGAGUGAAUGUUCUCAUUCGCAUCAUACAACUGAUAAAGGUACCUACCAUACAUUAAGCGCCAGCAGCAUCAACAGCACAAAAACGCAGAGAUAAAGAAAGAUGCCUCUUCUUCAUAAAAAGCCUUUCGUCAGGCAGAAACCUCCUGCUGAUCUUCAGCCGGAUGAAGAAGUUUUUCUUUGUAAAGUAACUCAUGAAAUCUUCAGAACAUACGAUGAAUUCUUUGAGCGGACUAUCCUUUGUAACAGUCUGGUAUGGAGUUGUGCUAUCACAGGCAGACCUGGCUUGACCUACCAGGAGGCCCUGGAGAGUGAGAAAAAGGCCAAGCUUCAUCUACAGAGCUUUCCUUCUAAUUUACUUCUGCCCCUCUUGCACCUGACUGCCCUAACACAUCGUUCACGGUUGCAUGAGAUAUGUGAUGAGGUCUAUUCUUUCGUGAAGGACCGCUACUUUCUAGGGGAGAUGGUGGAUGUUGUCAGUCACUCUGGUGCAAGACGGCACUGCCAGAUCUUAGAAGUGAUUUAUCCUUAUUCCAAUGGGACUUCUAAUGGUCAUGUUAAACAUCAUGCAGAAGAAGAUUCCAUUGUCAUCAGUGACGAUGAUGAUGAUGACGUCAUUGUUGUUUCACCCAAGACCCCUAAAACAACACCUAAUCGCAGUAAACAGAAGCCUAUCAACUCAUCCUUGUUUAAAUAUAAGGUCCAGAAUCCAGAGGCUGGUGAGCCCAUCUUUGCGAAAUCUUCUCAGAUUGUUCGUAAGAAGAAUGUGUUCACUCGCGAUAGACUAAAAUUGCUUCUUAAACAACACUGUGAACCCAUAAACGGGACCAUCAGACUUAAACCAUCAACAGUUGCAAAAUACAAGCUAAAAGAGCAAAGUUUCUCUGACUUCUUUCCGGAUGAGCCCCCAGUCUUUUUCUUCAGUCCUUCUGGAAAGAGCAGAGGUCGUCCCCCCAAUAUAACAUCUCCUGGGCAGAGGAAUUCAGUAGUGAGUCCAAAUAUAAUGACAGCUGCAGAAGAAAAGUUAACACUGAUGCAAAGGAAAGAAAUGAUGGCAGAAGCAAAACUCAAGAGAGAAAGAGAAGAUUUGAUGGAAGCCAAAAGAAAGGAGAAAGUGGACAAAGAAAGGAAGAAAGAGGAGAUAAAGAGAGUGUUUGAGGAAGAAAAACUAAAACGAAAAGAACAAAAGGAACGGAUGAAAUUGGAGAAAGAGAAGGAACGAGAAAAGUUGAAGGAGGAGAAGAAAAAAUAUGCUGAAAGGCUGAAGCUGUGGAGUAAACCUCGAGAGGACAUGGAGUGUGAUGACCUUAAGGAGCUUCCAAAACCUCUGCCGGUAAAAACAGGUCUGUCUCCAGAGCUGUUUGGAGAUGCACUAAUGGUGCUGGAGUUUCUAAAGGCAUUUGGAGAACUAUUUGACCUCAAGGAUGAAUUCCCUGAUGAUAUCUCACUAGAGAUUCUAGAGGAGGCUUUGGUGGGCUGCAAUCCUGAAGGGCCACUUUGCGAGCUUCUCUUCUUUUUCCUCUCAGCCAUUUUUCAGGCCCUGGAUGAAGAGCAAGAGGAGGUGGCCAAAGAGCAGGUGGUGGAAGCUGACACCAAAGAUCUUACUGAGGUUCUGGAUGAUGAUGCUGACCCCACGCAGUCUGCCAUCAGUGCUGUGGCCUCACUGGCUGCUGCCUGGCCUCAACUCCACCAAGGCUGUAGUUUAAAACAGCUGGAUCUGGACAGCUGUACUCUUUCUGAGAUUCUGAGGCUGCACAUCCUGGCCUCUGGAUCAGAGUGCAUCUACACCAACGCCAAGUUUCGUUACCAGAAGCAGGGAGGCUUUGGCUCAACAGAUGACCCAUGUGUGGAGCUGCGCAUCUCUAACCCAAGCUUGCUCAAGAAGCUCUCCUGCACUGCUGUGUACGAUUUGCAGCCUGGGGAAAAGCUGAAGAUCCUGCAUGCUUUAUGUGGGAAGCUGCUGACUCUUGUCUCCACUCGCGACUUCAUUGAAGAUAAUGCUGAUGAACAGAGAGCAGCUAAGACGGAGCUCAGAGAACUAAGAGCUGAACAGCACCGUAGAGAGAGAGAGGAGGCUGCUAUCAGAGUUCGUAAGAGAAAAGAGGAGAAGCUAAGAGAGCAGGAACAAAAACUUAAAGAGAAACAUGAAAAACUUAAAGGAGAGGAAGUGAGGAAUGGCACACAUGUAGCAGGAGAGGAGAUGGACACCAGUACAGAGAGUCAGGAUGGACACAUAGACCAACAAACUGAGGAUGAAGAGGAACACGCAUCACACAGCAAAUCCAAGAGAGGUAAAAGCAGCACGCCAAAGCAGAAGCAGAUAAGCGAAGAGGUGGUGAAAGAGCGCCUGAGCCCUGAGGAACUCCAGCAACAACAACUGAAAGAGAAGGAGCUAUUGGAGCGCAUUCACAAGGCUGCAGCCUGCACUUACAUCCUUCCUUUAGGCCGUGACCGCCUUUAUCGUCGAUACUGGCUAUUCCCCUCAGCUGGAGCACUUUUUGUUGAAGAUGAUUAUUUCGGCCUCACAGAAGACAUGCUAGAGCCUCGUCCUGUGCCUGAACCCAAAACAGAAGAGCUCUCUAGCAGCCUGAGUCCUAUAAAAACUGUGGCAUCAGAAGAAGAGUCUAAACCACUUCAAAGCACUUCUGUUUAUGUGAAUCGCCCAAAUCACUGGGGUUUUUACAGCACUCCUGCAGAACUGGAUCAACUAAUUGAGGCACUGAACCCACGAGGACAUAGAGAGAGUGCACUUAAAGAUGCUCUUCAGCAGGAGAAAGAACGCAUCGUUCAGCAGCUUAGUAGUACGUCAGUAGAGCGCUAUCACCACUCAGAUAAAGCCCUGAUUGAGACCAAAGGGAGCACUGUGAAGAGCAAAAAUGGCCCAACUACUUUAGAAAGCACUGCACCUGCUGAGCUCCACAUGGAAAAUCGUCUCAGGGAUCUACUGUUGGACAUUGAGGACCGUAUCUUUCAGGGCACUCUUGGUACAAUUAAGGUGAUGGAGAGGACUGUCUGGAGAACAGCACUGGAGAAUAGCAAUUAUGAACUAUUGGCUUUUCAAGUCAAUGGUGAUGAGGAAGCCAUGGAGAUAGAUGAGAGUCAUAUCAAAGACAGGUUUCAGGAGUUAAAGAAUGAGAGCCAGAGUGCCACAUCCACUAGUGCUGGCACACCGCAGCCCAUCAGCAACAAUGUGCACUACCUUGCACUGGCCCUCACUCAGAUAGAGCAGGGCAUAGAACGAAAAUUCCUUAAAGCUCCAUUAGGUGAUGAAGACAGCAAAAAAGACCAAAAAGCUAGGAGAAAAGACAAGAAGAAAGAUGAUGACCAGUCUAGUGAGAAAGAUGAUGGAAGUGAUUGUGGGCGACAAGUGAAAACCGUGCUGGAGCGCUGGAGAGAAUCUCUGUUGGCCUGCACAAGUCUCUCACAGCUUUUUCUGCAUCUCUCCACACUGGAGCGCAGUGUGCUCUGGGCUAAGUCUAUCUUAAACGCACGCUGUAAGGUGUGCCGCAAAAAGGGUGACAGCGAAAACAUGUUGCUCUGUGAUGGUUGUGACCGAGGUCAUCACAUCUACUGUGUCCGUCCUAAGCUGAAGGCUGUUCCCAACGAAGACUGGUUAUGCCCAGAGUGCCGUCCCAAACAACGUUCUCAUCGCAUAAACUCUCGUCAACGCUCCUCUGUUGACUCUGAGGAAGAGCUAGAAGAUGAGUCUGAUGAAAAGGAAGAACAGUCUGAGGAGGAGGAAGAGGAGGAGUCUGAAGAAGAGUCUGAGGAAGAGGAGAAGGAAAGUGUCUCUAAAAAAGCUGCUGUAAAGUUUCCUAUACGAAGUUCAAAAGGUGGAGGAUCUAGCAGAGCCAGACAAGCUGAAUCAAAUCAUUCCACUCCUCAGAGCAAGCAAAAUACACCCAAACAAAGCAGCUCUGCCAAUAAAGGAGGCUUCAAAAGCACAGGAAAGAAGACCACACCAAUGUCCAAUGGAAAGCCCCCUUCCCGGUCUGGCACCCGCUUUAGUGCUCGUCUUAGCCUCGAGGCCUUGAACACUAAUGGGACGGCAGCCAAAAGCUCUCAAUCAAGCCCACCAGCAACCCAAAAGGACUCAAAGAAAAGAACCAGCACAGCAGAGGUCUCCCCCAAAGCCAAAGUGGUCCACAAGCGGACACAAAGUAGCUCCUCCAACACUCGGCGUAGCUCAGGGAGAACUAUUGGCAUCCACGAGCUCUCAUUGUGUGAACAACUCACUGUAGACCUAGUUAGACAUGAAGAUAGCUGGCCCUUCAUGAAACUAGUGUCCAGAACUCAGGUGCCCGAUUACUAUGAUAUUAUUAAGAAACCAAUUGCUUUAAGUACAAUCAGGGAGAGGGUCAACAACUGUGAAUACCAAACUGCAUCUGAGUUUAUAAAUGAUGUGAAGCUGAUGUUUUCCAACUGCCUUGAAUACAACCCUCAGCACACCAGUGAAUUUAAAGCUGGCAUCAGGCUUCAGGACUACUUCUACUCUGAACUGCGGAGACUCUCCUUGGCUGACCAAACGUCACCUCCACAGAAACGACCUAGACACUGCACACUUUAACAGACUUGAGAUGCACAUGUCUACAUUUAAUGUGGAUAAACUUCUAAAAUUAGGUAAUAAUAAAAAAGAAUAGCAUUUGACCAUGUCUGAGGUGACGCAGGAUAAACCUGUGCUGUGACAAUUAUUUGCACUGUUUUAAAUAGUGCUCUUUAUUCACACUGACCUGGAAAGAAAAACUCAGUGGUGCUUUUUUUUUUUUUUUUAUUUGACUUGACUGCUUUUCUAGACUACUGUGUAUAGAUUUUUCUUCUUGUGUCUGUUGCAUUGAUAAAUUCUUGCCAUUGAAAGGAACAUACUGCUUUUUUGUUGUGUUGUAGUUGUGAAUAGUAAAAUAAACUUAAGUUUUAAUAACAUUCCCUUAGCCUGGUUAAACACUACAUAGGAACCAAGCCCUGCUUUUUUUUCUAUUAUGCUAUUGACAUAACUAACUAGUUAUUUAUUUUCAUUUUGGGGUAUAAUUUAAGAUUUGCUUUAUUUUAUUUAAGAAUAUUUUGUUUCAUGUUUUGUAUACAUUGUUUUGUACAGUUCUACCAUCAUUAGAUCACAAACAUUUGAAACUGGUAAAGAUUUGUCAUCUCAGAAAAUUACUUUUUCUAGCUGUUCUGUCUUUUCUUACUUAUAAAUAAAAUGCAUUUGUUAA